ACCUGGUGGGUGACAUCACUUCCCUUUCCUGAGCUGCUGGUGGUGGACAGUCAGCAUGGUUCAGGCUUGGUACAUGGAUGACUCUGAUGAAGAUCAGAGGAGAGAACAUCGUCUGAAGCCGGAUCAGCCUGUGUCAGUGGAGGAGCUGCAAGCACUGGGAGUCUUCUACCACAAGUUGGAUGCCGAUAAUUAUGAGACUGAUCCAGAGCUGGCCAAGAUCCGUAAAGACAAUAAUUACACAUUCAUGGAUAUAAUCACCAUACAUAAAGACACACUACCCAAUUAUGAGCAGAAGUUGAAGAUAUUCUAUGAAGAACAUUUGCACUUGGAUGAUGAGAUCCGCUGCAUCCUGGAGGGAAGCGGUUACUUUGAUGUGAGAGACAAGCAGGAUCGAUGGAUCAGAAUCGCCAUGGAGAAAGGGGACCUGAUCACCCUUCCGGCCGGUAUCUACCACCGCUUUACACUGGAUGAAAAUAACUAUGUCAAAGCUAUGAGACUGUUUGUUGGAGACCCUGUCUGGACCCCAUUUAACCGUCCUGCUGAUGAUUUGGAGGCUCGAACAAAAUAUCUUCAGUUGCUGGAAGUGGAACUAAAAGCAUAGAGAAAUGUGUGGGAAUACUAAUGUGCAAACCAAAAAUUAAUAACUAAGCUAAUCGGUAGCUGCCAACAUAAAAUGGUGUACACACACUAAUUAGGAAUAAAAAGUAGAAAAGUG